AUGACAUUACCGUCUUCUCCCACUACUGCGCGGAGCCGUCUAUUCUCCGGCGCCAUAGCGUCUUCCAGUCGCGGCGUCGAGCAUUCCCACGUGGUAAGUUCAGUUCACAUUUUUUCAAAUUAUCAAUCAAUAAUCACCUAUUCCGGAGAUCCGUCGCCCAGAUGCAAGUUUGUGGAUAUGGAUCAUCCAACACUUGGCUGGAAUCAGCGGAACGACGGCCGAAAGGUAUGAGGAAUUAAUCAACGAGCUGCGUGCAUACGAUUCGACCAUACAAUUUGGCUACCAUGAUAUGAACUCGACUCACCAUGUGGUCAUGCUGCCGGAUGAAACCAUCUCCAGUGCCGGCAAGAACGCCACGGAUACCCUUCCGUACGUGCCUGCUGGUGAACGCACCGAGGAAGCGUUCGAGCGGCCAAAUGUGAGUGGUUACCCGUUGCGAUUUUGUAAAACAAAAUGAUAUUUCAGAUUUUUGCCAGUCUCUGCUCUGUCUUCAGUCCAAAAAAGGAGAACAGACAGGCUAGGAUGCAGGAGAUGUUUCAGGAAGCGAACGUACGACUUCAAGCAUUGAGAGGAGAUAAAUGGAGACAACAGACGCUUCAAUAUCAUCGGGUGGGGAUUCCUCACAUGAUUUUCCGUUUGCCCGCCACUUCGUCUGCCACUUUGCCACCACCACAAGAGGGCAUGAGUUUACCGACGAUGUGGACUUCUCCGACCAAGCCACAAGAGCCGAUUGUUGAGAAGGCUGAGCAUACGGAAAAGCGGGACCAACAAGUUUGACGAACGCGCUGCGAUGGAGAAAAUAUUGCCGGCGUUCGAGAAGUCGGCCAAAAAGUUGUUCACCACGACGGUCAGUGCUGUUCUGACGACUCCCACGCAAAGUGUAAGUGUCAGAUAAAAACUAAAAGUGUAGGUCCUGGUAUGAUACCGGUUUAGCAGUGUUUUCUAUUCAACUCGUUCAUUUUGUUGAGUGAAAAGAUAAAGAUUGAUGAAACGGUAUUGAAGAGAGGUAAAACUGGGACAGAUCUGAAUUGUACUUAUCUGUGUUAGUGACCCAGUUUUUGUGUCGCCACCUCGGAAAAUUUGUACCGGGUUUUUUUCACAUGACAAAUAAUUAUUCUCGCUCUGGAUGUACCUCCAAAAUAUAAGAAUUCUUAUCGUUAGCACUGUAUUGUUUGUUUUUCAGGAUAAAAAUCCAGGACCGCAAGUGACAACGCUCAAUUUGGGCGCUCUCCGCUCACAAGAUGAGCCCACGCCAUACGGUCGAUUCUCAUGGCACAAAUGAAGUCAAUUGUCGCUUCAAGGCUGUGAAGCUGAUGCAGAAGGACGCUCAGGAGAAGGACCCGUUUGAGAUUCUCCCCGCUGACGAUUCCCAGAUUGUUGAAGCUGAGCGCAAGAUGGAAGCGUUUCCGGCCAACAGGGCCCACCAGAUUGUGGAGGAGGUGGAUCAGGAAAAGGAGGACGUUCGGAAGAAGGUCUUUUCGGAAAUUGACCACGCCAACGGAACCGAAAUUGCUGAGACGAAGCGCAAGAUGGCGGCGUUUCUGGCCGGCAAGGGUCUCCAGACUGUGAAGGGAGAUCGAUUCUCCGCAAAGCCGAUGACUUCUACUCCAAUCGAUCCUCAAUCUGCGAAGAAGACUCCCGGACUAUCGUCUUUCAUUGUUCCGGCUUCCGAACAGAAGAACAUCCCCGAGCCGAGUUCGCCGUUGUUUGAAUUAAUAGUGACCAAUCCACCCACCCAUAAUUACCGUUUUGUAUAUUUUAUAUUAUAAUUAGUUGCUUUCCAACUAUUGUUUGAUUUCUCCUCUACCUCCGUGUUUUUUUGCGAUGUGCCGAUAUUCUUCCGGUACUCUUUUUGAGUUCAUCCCAAUGUCAUCGUUCUUGUUAUAAUAAAUUAUUGUAUCACCCUAGUCUCCCAAGUCAUUUGUAAGGAGAAGUACCUCACACUAAUUAUCUCCCACAAAUGGGCCCAAUUGAGUCAAAACUGAAUGAAAACGACUCUGCUUUAUUGGCCCUGCAUUCUGGUUAUUAGUGACAGUAGUGCUCGUACCAGGUAUUGUAGUGGGCCCAAUUGAGUUUAUAUCUUCAUUUGGUCAUAUCCCUUCAGUUUUACAUCAAUUGCGACCACUAGAAUAGCUGUACCGAGCCCCACAGUCACUAAUAUUCAGAUUGCAGGGUCUAGAAGGCGGCGUGCUGCAAUCUGGACAUUUCUGACGUUACCGCUCACUUCCGAAUGAUCGUUAGUCCGCCGAGUUACUCCGAAAUAUAAAAAUAUCCGUUUGAAAGCGCAGAACAGGUGCCUAAUACGUGAUAAUCUCCUUACUUCUCCUGGAAAUCGUGUAUUCAAACUCUCAAUUCUGAGAAUAGAAUUUUGCUGAGCCGUUUUACGUGAGAACAGAAACCUUUUCAGCUCUUUUCAGACCGAUCACUCAUAAUGUACCUCGCGUUCGUAAAUAAAUAAAUAAACAGAAGCGACCUGAUGCGAACAACAAUGGUUUCGUUUUUUCACGCACAAUCACAGUGCGUCCAGUAUUUGCCCGACAGCAGACUGUCGUUGUGCACUAACUUCCGCGAAAAAUGAACUUUGAACUUUGCAAAUUAUUUGUCAACAACACAGGCUUUACUGAUCGGUGAUCACUUUAAGCAUCAAAGUGAAACGAACAAUCACUCUCUACUAACGCAUCCAAUGGGAUUAGCGGAAAUAGGAAUUUAUGAUUUGAUCGUUGGUUUGAGGAAAAGAGCCUGAAAAUUAAAUUUAGGUAUGAAGUAUCUGCAAAAGAAACGUUUUCUUCUAUGCCUGCAUUUGGGUCUCCAACACGUCAUCGGUGCUUGGAAAGGCUGAAGAAUAAAGUUCAACUUACACCGAGCGUUUUCUGAUGUCGUAACUUGAUUUUUGUAGAGAAGUGUAGAGUAGAUAAAAUCUAACAGUGUGUAUACUUUAAUACUCACGAAGGAUUAAUGAAACAAUGAGAUCGGAUACAUUGUUCUCCACGCAGGGGUCAUCGCAGCUUACGGUGGCGAGAUAUCUAUUGAGAUAAUCUAAGAUAGUAAGCCCUUAGCAGAUUUUCUCAAGAUGAAGUGACCCACUUGAUCCUGGCUUUGAGAUCGUUCUCAAAGAGCUUAGACUCGCACAGAACUGCGGCUCUCCGAUCAAUCUUCUUCCGAUUACCGGACAAAAUGCCGAGAAGCUGUUUUCUAUUGCGUUGAAUAGCUCUUAACUGUUCUUCCAAUCGAAGAAGAUUCCGAACCGCGCCGUGCUGGAAAGGUACAGCAACAGAAGCCGACAAAGUAAGGAAAAAAACAAAGAAGAAGAGAGUUCUCAUUGGGAAGUGAAUGUGUCUGACAAAUUCCCGUCCUGCCUUUAUACUGGUUGGUACGCAUAAAUCUGUCUGAAAAGAGAUGGACAGAAUUGGCACUUCACGAAGCUUUCAUGGCUCCUUAAAAUGGAAAGUGACGUGUGUUAGGAAGCAACACGUUGUUCUUCCUUGCUGCGAAUUCAGAUAACCGGUAAUUUUGACCAACUGCCGACCGAGUGCACUUCUGAGAACACAGAAAAGGAAGAAGAGGAGUGCAGACUUUGUCUCGUGACGAAUCAUUUGUGGGAAUGUGUAAAGAUCAUGGGUCCUGGGCAUCGGUCUGAAAGAUUUGUCCGGAACUUUAGCAAUAUCCGGGAAGAAGUGAACCGAUUUGUAUACUCGUUUGACUGCCAGAAUCGUACACCUCAACGUUACGAACCACAAAUUCCGGAUCCGUUUUCUAAAUCGGUUCAUUAUCAAAUAUUUGCAUGUACCCAGUACUUCGUGACGUGAGAUUCCGGCGUAUCAACGUCUUCCGAUGAUUCAUGGUCACCUGAAUUCUCACUCGUGUACCACCCACUUUUCAUUUCUCGCUUCCUCUCCCUUUUUUGCCUUAUCUCGAUAUGUCCCGCCCCGUUUGUGCAGUUUACGGACUCCGCCCCUUCUCAUAUAAAAGGGAAGCUUUCGUAGCUUAGAAGUAUUCUCCACAAACCAGCUCCCCUAAUUACCAUCUCAACAUGCAACCCAUUACCAUUAUUCUCAUUUGCGCCCUUGUGGGAAAAGCUGAGCUUCUCAAAGAUGUCGAGAUGGGACUGGAUAUUCGAGAGUACACUACUAGAUUAAUGCCUCGGUCACCCAGAAUGCCAUCGGGCGCUACGCGGAAGUGCUCGGCAACACUUAUGCUAUUCAUCCAGUCAGUCUGCGGAGGUCCAUGCACAGCAAGUAAGAUACCCUAAACUCAAAACCAUUUUGAUCCUCAUUGUUUCUUUUCAGUGACGGGAGCCAACGUUGGAACGCAUUGCUGCACGGUUUCAUGCACUGA